AUGUGGAUGCUCUUCCUACUGAGUGCCUUGUUGGGGGCGUCGGGGUCACAGGAAGCGCCGCCUGGAGCAGCGCAGCAGCAGCAGCUUCAGGCCCUCCACUGCCCGCCCUGCGAGCGGGUCCACUGCUCCACCCGCCGGGCGCUGAAGCUCCAGUGCAAAGGAGGGGUCACCACCGGCGUGUGCGGCUGCUGCCCCGUGUGUGCCAGGGCGGAGGGGCAGCGCUGCGGAGGAACGUGGGACUACCUGGGCAAGUGUGACGAGGACCUGCUGUGUGUUUACCAGGACGCAGCAGCUGACAGCAAAGGCCUCUGCAAAGCAGUGAUCGACUCGCUGGAUCCAGAGAGCUGUCACCCAGAAUGCACCAGGGAAUACUGCCAGGCCAACCCCUCUGGCAUCUGCUCCGCCAGGGCCGUGUCUCUGGAGCGGGCGGCAUGCCACGGCUCCUGCCAGCACACCUCGUGUUCCGGCUGCCUGCUGCUGAGGCCCCCGUCGUGCCCUCUGACCUGCAGCCCCUCCGAUUCCUCCUGCCUGCGCCGCUUUGGCAAGUGUGUGCACCACCACCUGACCGCCACUCCUGCUCCUGUGUGCCACAACCACCUGCAGAGUCAUCCUGAGGGUCAUUUUCUGUGUUUGGUCCCAGCCUGUCCGAUCUCAGCCAAGUAGUUAGUUCUCCCUGCAAAGAGAGGACGUCUUUACUAGUUGAUGUAGCAAAAUAGAAAAAGGCAGCUAUCUAUAAACUUGAUGUAUUACUUGAAAAUCCUUUAUACACAUGUUGUAUGCAAUGUGUGAAAUGUAAUGUAUUAUUAAAUCAUGAGAAACACAAUAUCAUUUGAGACCUACUUUGAUUUCAUGAGUCCAGUGUCCUCUCUGUUUUUACCUUCACGCAAGACCAUUUUCCUUUUAUAUAUUUGAACAUAAAGUAUCAUAAAGUUAACGUCAUCGGUUCACCUGUGAAAUGAUUUCACCCCACAGAUUUGGACUCCAUUAAUCCCACAAUUCAAUAAUGUUGGAUGUCACUUUGGUUCAGACUGAAAUAUCUCAACAACUUGAAGUGAAACUCAGUUUAGACAUUCAUGUCCCGUUGAGGAUUAGUCAUGUGACUUUGAAUGUAGAACCAUCAUCAGGACACAACAUUAACGUGCCCAAUUCCUGCUAAACUAAUGAUAUUCCGAUCAGUUCUUUAUGUUGUGUUAUUUAGCAAAUGUCAUCAUGCUAACAAUAAUA